AUGAAAAAGUCGAAGAGUACCCAAGACCCUGCUAAAGAGGUUAAGAGGGACGAAGAUAGCUCACUAAGGGAGAAUGUGACCGCCUACAUCCGCUCUGCUCCUUCGAGCUCUAUAUCAUCACCUCAAACUGACGAUUUCCCCCAGACCUCCUACAUGAAUGGGCCUGGUGACGAUCUAAAAUCAGGCCUUGAGAACAGGAUAAUAGCAAAGAAGGGUCCAUUGGACACUGCCAGGGGUGCAAAACGGCCCUUCACAUUCCCACCACAUACGAGAACUUCCAUCGGACAAUUGACUUACAAGAUGUCUAGUCUUCCUGCAUUCUACAUCAAACGAGUCGGGACAGGGACCGAAACGGCUUCAGUAAUGAAUCCAAUCAUGAGUCGUAGAGUACGCCACAACGCACUGAAACUUAUGCUCGAAGACAUCGUUACCAGCAAAGUAAUCCGAGACUCAAUCGUCAUUGAUACGCGAGGAGGCCCCUACGAAGACUUCCUCAUUAUGCCCUUCUACAUCUCCGAAAUUGCAGAGGUGAAACGCGAACUGGGUGAAGGGGUCAUUUCAGUGUUCAAGACCAUGACGCGUGUCCACGAAGGGAUCAAAGGUAUCGAGCCACAGAAAGAAUACAUCUACUGUAGUCUCUUUGAAGGCAUAAAAUGCAGUGAUAAAACGAUGCCAGACCUCUACUGGAAGACCAUCAGGUACUUCCUACGCGCUCGCGCGACAAAUCCCAAGCAACCUUGCUCGCUCUACGACGCCGAUGCCGAGUUCUUCCCAUCCUUACCACAAGCAUCGAGCUACAAGCCUAUCCGCCUACUGGCCAACGGCCCGGAGAAUGACACCACCUCUCCCAAGACUGACCUUCGAAUUCGCUUCUCCCCGUCAUUCCACCCCAUCUCCAAGAAACUGGAGCUUAAAUUCGACAUUGUUCCUUGGGCCAAGAAGCAGAGAUUGGACCAACUCUUCUUCAAUAUCUUUGGAGAACUCGCCAAAGACGUGAAACUCACGAUACACAACUUGAGGGCACCCUUGAACAUCUUUCGUGGUCUAGUCGUUCGACGAAUCUAUCCUCCUGGGGGGAACCCACCUUUCAGUGGACCCGGAAGCGAGGAUGAAUUUGAACGGCCGGAGAACGGUUGUAGUUUCAGGAUCUGCAACCUAUGUCCUCCGCAUCGGGUUCCUAACGUGAACAAGAACGUCCAGGAUUACACCGUCUAUGAGUACUUCAACAAAUUCAUCCUCGACGGCAAGUCAGAGAUCUGCCAUCCGGAGCUACCUCUCGCACGGGACCAACGAGGUGAUUUCUAUCCGCUCGAAAUGCUCGAACUCGAUCACGACACCGCACUCCCCGGACACGACGAUAUCAACCGCGUAUUGCAGGCAAGGAUUUGUGGGGAGAAUUUUGACUGGGCCUUGACCGAAAAUACCAUUAAGAAAACGGGCGAUGAGUUCAUAGAGAGGGCUGCCAAGAGUACCGACGAGACUAGGCCUCCUCUGUUCGACUACAAUCUGUUGGAUCAUGCGAAUGUGCAUAGAAUGAAGCUUUGCUUCGUCUAG